GCAAACUGGGGGAGGCUUACCAGUUCAUCAACAACUAUUUCAAGAAUUAUCAGACUCCGGGACCUUCAUGGAGAUCGGCGCCCAAGACGGAGAGUUCAUGUCCCUGACGCUCUACCUGGAGAAGCAGCUGGGUUUCCGCGGACUGCUGGUCGAGCCGAACCCCAACGACUACGGGAAGCUGCGGGCACGGGGCAGGACGGCCAAGAGCAUCAACGCUUGCGCCACCCCGGGUAUUGGGCACAGGCAGGACAAGCUGUGGCUUCGCGACACGCCCAACAACCUUCCUCCGAUCCUGCACCGCAUUCAGGAGGGAAGCAACAGGCUCUUGCAGUACGUUUCCAGCGAGGACCGCGAGCUGGGGAAGGUGGUGCCCGUGCAGUGCUUCAACCCGGCGGCGAUGGCGACCGCGGCCCUCGGCACUCGCAACAUCGACCUCCUGACCAUCUCGACGCACGGAGGCGAGCUCGACAUCCUCUCGUCCAUCCCGCGCUCUGUCAGAUUCAGGAUGAUCGUGAUGAUCGUCCCUCUAGCUAGCCAAGAAGAAUAUGACGAACUGAAGAAGGUGACCGAAGCCAGAGGUCUAGCUACCGCCGUCGACAAGUACAAUAUCCACAUUUUCAUUCCUGCAGGAGAGGUCAAAGUGGUUUAGGUUUAGCUUCGUGUUCCGUAAAUAUUUAUUUGUAUUUUUUGUAUUUUAUUGGUGAUUUUGUCAUCAGUUUUAUUGUAUGAUUAUUAUUUGAUCUUAUAUUAUAUAUUAUUAUUUGAUCUUAUUCACAUGUUUAAUCAUUUCACUGUUUCCUUUCACUUGCCUACGACUUUCUCUAUUUGCCUUAGUAAUUAUGUAUAGAUCUGCUGUAAUAAAGAGCUCCGGUUAGUCAUUAACCGUGGUUAAUUAAU